AGGAGGGGGAACUCCCAUCGAUUGUACAAAUCUGAAGCUGAAGUGCAGACUCCGGAGUAGGAUAUUUCAAUUUUUUGUAAUUGGGAACCCUAAACCCCCAAAGUCUUUGACUUGGCUCAAUCCUUCGAUAUGAGUAUGACUCAAUUCGCCAUGGUUGAGGAGUUGGCUUUUCUUGUCAAGGACAAUCUUCCUUGCAAGCAUCUAGUUCUCACAAUGGAAGAAGCGCUGGUUAACUUUCUCCAAGAUGAUGACACUAGUUCAGAUGGGAUCUUGGAAUUGGAGCCAAUGAACUCUUACAACCGUCUUCUCUUGCAUCGCCUGGCUGAGAUAUUUGGGUUUGCACAUGAAUCUGUUGGUGAAGGAGAUGACCGCCAUUUGAUUCUGGAGAGAUGUCCAGAUACGUCCAUACCUCCAGUCCUUGUUAGUGAUAUCCUAUGGGAGUACGAUGAACCUCAGUCUUUGUUUACAUCCCAUCAAAUAUUAAGGAGAAGUGAAGCCUCUCCAGUCUUGCAGAAAAACACACCAUCCUUUUCUCAGUCACUGGAGGAGAGAAAAGCAGCUUAUUUAAUUGCUCGUGAGCGAAUUUUCUCUAAGAAUUUGGAAGAGGUAAAAGAGCCUGGUGAACAAAAGCCACGGAGUGUACCCGUGGUUGCCCGCAGAAUGAUUGCUCAUGCACUAGGUCAAAGAAUCCAUACAAAGAAUCAGAAUGGCUUGGAUAGUGACAGUGUGAAGGAUAGAGUCCUCACAGAUGAAUUGAAUGCUCAAGAUAAGAAUAGUGAAGAGUCCAAUCUCAAGAAAGAUUCCGAAGAGUCUUUACGUCUAAGAGGGAAUUCAAAUAACAGAAUAACAAGCACUAGCAGUUCUAAUGCAUCCACACUUAAUAAAAGAAAUGAUCAAACACCAGUUGACAAAGGUUCGCCACAGUUCUCUCAAGACAGAAAACAAGCGCAAAGUGUAAGUAAAGACUACAUGAAAAAGGAGCACUUGGGAGCUGCAAAGAGAAUGUUUGCUCAUGCUUUAGGAGUGCAUUCUGGGAAGGAUGGUUCUGUUCCUAGAAGCAGAAGUGGAGAAAUAAAGAAGAAUUAGCGGAGAAGUUCGUGAAAUAUUUAAAGCAAAAUGGUUUUCUGUUGCUCCAAAUGGACCUUGAUAGUUGCUCCCCAGGUUUCAAUCACAAUCCCGAAGAUGAGUACUGAGCAUGCUUUACUCAGGAGAUUCAUGCAAAAGACUAUUGUAGUAUAAUGUUGGUUGCUUAGUUCUUCUCUGAUUGAUCUGGAGUAACUUUUCUAGCAGCCAAUUCAAGAGCAUCUUGAAACAACUAUCCAGAAUCAAGUUUGACCUGUUUUGACUAUGUUCAAAGAUGGUUGAACAGGUAUGGUGUUUUGGCCCGUCAUCUAUGUUGUUGUAAGAUAGUUCAGUUUCAUUCUACUGUUUAGCUUAAUCUCAACGUGAUAGUUUUCGUUAUGGAUGCUCCCAGGGACAGGGGCAAGUGCAUGAUUUCCCCUAUCAUGGAGGGUGUUAUCUGUUAUGUAUAUAUAAUAUAUAGAAUCACAUAUUUAUUGUGUCGUGUUUAGCAAUUCGGAAUUUCUUCAUCAUUAUCCUUGUAUGCCACUGACCUCGUUUAAUGGAGAAGAAAACUACCUCCGAGAGAUU